AUGCUUGUAACAUCGUCCAGGGAGGCUAAAGAUGUAACAUCGUCCAUCCCACAUCCAGGAGCUAAAGAUGCUGCAGAAAUGGAGGCUACAGCCAUUCGAACAGCCUUGGGCAAGGCCAUAGAGGAAAACAUGACAUCCUUAUUGAUUCUUUCUGACUGCAAAGCUGUUGUGAAUAGAAUCAAUACAGGAUGUCAAGGCCUAACCUCAAUGGACAUGCUAAUUGAAGACAUCAGACAGUUGAGAGGUGCCGAUGGUGGUGCUGGAAUUGGAGGAGGUGCAGGUAGUGGUGGUGCUGCUGGAGGCGGCGUUGGAGGUGCUAAUGGAGGAGCUGGAGUUGGAGGAGGUGCAGGUGGUGGUGGUGCCGCUAGAGGUGGCGCUGGAGGAGGUGUAGGUGGUGGUGCUGGGGCUGGAGCUAGUGUUGGAGGAGCAGGUGGUGGUGGUGGAGUUGGAGGCAGUGCAGGUGGUGGUGCUGGAGGUGGCAUUGGAGGAGGUGCAGGGGGUGGAGCUGGUGGAGGAGUAGGUGGUGGUGUAGGUGGUGGGGCUGGUGGAGGUGUAGGAGGAGGAGCCCGAGGAGGCGUUGGCAAAGGUGCUGGAGGUGGGGCCGGUGGCGGAAAAAGGGGUGGAGCAGAUGGUGGCUUUGGGAAAGGUGGAGGUAUAGGAGGUGGUGCAGGUGGUGGUUUUGGGGCUGGAGGAGGUUUUGGUGGAGGGCAUAGGGGAUUUGGUAAGGGUGGAGGAGUUGGCGCGGGCGGUGGAUUCGGAGGCCGGACUAGUCCUAGAAUUGGACGUCGCAAAUUGUGA